ACAAGCAGGGAGAGGCGGAGGAGAAACGAAGAGAGAGAGCGCCCAACCCUGUACACGGCAACAACACACCGAGAGAGAGAGAGACUUUACUGGUGAAGAAAGAGGAAUAGUCGACGCCGUGGAUAUGAUCUAAAAGAAUACCCGAAGAGGCAAACAAUACAACUUUCUCCCAAAUAGCAAAUAGAUUCAAAAAGGUGGAAAACUGCCAAAAAGAUUACUAUUAUUCAAAUUCACCCCACCCGAUCAACCCCCCCCCCCUCUGCACCCUAGCUACCGAGAUGCACACGGAGACUCGAAGCAAGAAAUGCCAGUCGAGUCCUAAGAAGGCCAGCAGUGGUGCCAGCUCCCAGUCCCAACCACAUCCAAAGGUGCCCCAACCCAAGAAGGAGCCCCAACCCAAGAAGGAGCCCCAACCCAAGGUUCCCAAGAAGGAACCCAAGACCGAGCCCCAGACCCAGGUGGAAGAAGAAGACAUGCCCUCAGUACACAUCAAACCAGAACCAGAAGAGGUGGAGUGCACGCAGGCUGAAGUGGGUGAGGAGUUUCCCCAGCCUACAGACCUGAAGAUCAAGACAGAGAAGACCCAACCUGAGUCUCCCCCUCCCCUCUGCACAGCCACAGACAUGACCAUAGACACAACCACAACAGACACACAAGACGACUCCUCCCACCCCGCAGAGGACCAGACGGAACCUGUCGACCUGUCACUUGGCAAGCCACGCCCCUCCCUGCCCGUUUUUACACCGUCCACCACAGCCAACCCCGCCCCCAGCUCCGUGGCGCCGCCCACGCUGUCGGCAAACCACAUCCCUACGGUAACCAUUCUAGACACCAUGAUGCUCUCUCCCGGGUCCAUCCUAGCAUCCACCCAGGGGGCAGGCGGUCAGCAGAUCCUGCAUGUCAUCCACACCAUCCCGUCGGUCAACAUGCCCAGUAAGAUGGGCCAGCUGCAGACCAUCCCCGUGGUGGUCCAGUCUCUGCCCUUGGUCUACACCACCAUGCCCACGGACGGAGUGGCCACCGCUGCCAUCACAGUGCCCCUCAUCGGGAGCGACGGGCGCUCUGAGGGAUCCGUGCGUAUCAAGCCUGGCUCGGCGUCCCCAGUGGAGUACCAGAGUGACAGUGAUGUGGAGAGUGGGACAGAGUCGGGUUCAGCUUCCUUCAGUACACCGGGACUGGACACAGGGUCGGGCGUAGACAUGGACAUGCAGGUGGAUCCUGAUUCGCCGGAUAUGAAGAGGAGGCGUGUCCAUAUGUGUGACUAUGAUGGCUGUAACAAGGUGUACACCAAGAGCUCACACCUUAAAGCCCACCGCAGGAUACACACAGGAGAGAAGCCAUACCACUGUACAUGGGAGGGCUGUACUUGGAGGUUCGCCCGGUCAGACGAGCUGACACGACACUUCCGUAAACACACGGGCAUCAAGCCCUUCCGCUGCACCGACUGUGACCGCUCCUUCUCCCGGUCCGACCACCUAGCCCUGCACCGGAGACGCCACGUCAUGAUGUGAACCAUGACCUCUGGCCCCUGAUCUUUAAACCCUUCCCCCUACUACCACCCCCCCCCCACCCCCACCCCCCCUCGGUACUCAACUGAAACUCAGAUGGGAGGGGCUAAAUCCUGAAUUGUCACUUCCUGUUCCUGUCUCUUUUCUCUCCUCUUCCUCUAAUUUGAACUGUGGGUCAUCAUGGAGAUCAGGAAAUGAAAGAGGUGGAGAAAGCAGAUUGCAAAGUAAAUGAUGAGAGCAGUUCAUUGUUGUUAUUUGGUUGCCCGGCACCUGAAGGGGGAGUCCACCACUCUUCACAGCCACCCUCACCACAAUGCUUACCUUCUCAUCUCUCCCUCACACCCCACUCAGUGUGACCAUGGCAUGACGCCAACCUCCUCUAUGGCUUCCUAUCCUAUCCUGGACUGAGAGAGAGACAGAGAACGGACUUUGAAAUGAUGCAGGGAUGCCUACACCAUACACUCAGCUCAGAGGAAGAAGAUGAGGGAGGAAGAGAACGGAGAGGAGGUGAAGGGGGCGGGGAAGGAUAUGUGGCUUUUGUCUUGUUUGUUGACUUCAGAGGGGAAGAUACUGUAGAUACCUUUACUGUAUUUUCUUUCUCAACUUCUGUGAUCCUGCAUUGUGUGUGUGUGUGUGUGCGCGCGUGUGUGCGUGCGUGCGUGCGUGAGCGUUAGUGAAGCGUGUGCUAUUUAAAGACAGUUGAAGAUGCAUAAAGUCCUCUCCUCCAUAUUCUUCCCAGAGUCCGCAGACCCCUCGGGGUGUGUGGGGUAGAACUGUUCUAUUCUAUCUAAUUCAACCCCCCUCCACUCCCUCAUCCCCUAAAACAGGGAGCUACAAGACUGUGAAUUUUUAUUAAGAUUCUGUUUUCCUCCGUUUCAAUCAGAAAUGAAAUCAUGUUCACUUGCCCUACAUUUGUAACUUGUUUGUUCAGUAACAGUAUUUGUUGUUUAAAAAAGUUAUUUUUUUCCUUCUUCUCCUUCCCUCCUUCUCUUUGCCAGUGAAUGGCUCUUAACAGAAUAACAUCCUUUUUUUGUCCAUUUCAAAUCCUUAGAUUGUGUUUGAGGCUGUGAAAGUAUAAGAAAAAAAAGUUUGAGAUUACAAAUGGAACUCUCGCAGGGAUCUAGGGGGAGCUUGUGUGUGUGUGUUUUUGCGUGUGUAUGGACGUGUGUGUGGAACAAAUAAUCAGAACUGAUGAUUUUAGAAGUGUGUGUUUGGGGCAGCAGAGUGUUACCUCUUGCUCGUCGGCGCCUUAAUGAAUCAAAGUCAAUCUGAGAAACUCUGGUUUUAGAAACGCGCAUUUAUUUUGGUCUUCAGGGUUACCCAGGAAACGGGGUCUUAUCGUCCUGACGACAGGUCACGAGGAACUCUCUUUUUUGUUACAAGCAUUUCUACCCAGACUCAGAUCAGGGCUUGUAUUUACAGAGUCACAGAGUAAGAUUUUUGAUCUAGGAUCAGGUCUGCCCUUUCCAUACGAUCUUAUUCAUUAUGAUCUAAAAGGCAAAACUGAUCCUAGAUCAGGAAUUUACUGAUCUUCAUGUCUUAAGCUAGCUGUUUUUAGCUCCUGCUCUCUGGGUUCACUUGAUUAUGCAACUUCCACAGACCUCACUCCUUACGCUGUACUGGGGUCAGUGGAUAAGUAUGUGUUGCUAGUGGAACAUACAAAGAGCUCACUCCAAAGUGCUGUUAUGGAGUAAGUAGCAACAUACAUCUUGCUACUGGGACAUACACAGAUCUUGCUCCAAAGGGCUGUACUGAAGCCAGUGGCUAAGUACGUGUUGCCACUGGAACGCACAGCUCCUGUGGUACUAGUGCUGAGUGAUUAACUGAAAUGUCGGUUAUUUUACGUUUUUCAAACAACUAAUUGACCAACAUCAGUUCAAUUAUUUAAAUUCCAUUGUUCCGUUUUUUUCAGUGAGCUCAUUGCACAGUUUCUGUACAAAUAAAUCAGAUCUAGACUGAAAUGUUUGAUGUGGGAGGGAGUUGUAGUUUCAACAGGGCCAAUAUUCUAAAUAGUUUAGCUCAUAAAACGCGGUGAAUAACUACAAUGACCAUAAUCCAUUGCGCAUCUACUUGUCUGGUCUAUGUGUUCUUUUACGCCAGCUAUGGAAGAGACAGAAGAAUGCAUGAUGGUGAGAGGAUACAGAGAGCAGCUGUUGGUUCGCAAGGUAUCUGUACCUGCAAAUACAUGAUCUAAGUGAUUUGAUAUUUGGUAUUCAGCAGUCAUAAAAUAUGCGUUAUUUUACUUUGAAGCACUACUAAAAUAGUGAUUUUGUCAGACAGCAUAGGCAGCAGCUCUAUAGAGAUGAGUUGGAAUGAAAUACAAAACUACAACUCCCUCCUACAUCAAACAGUUCAGGCUGUAAAGUCAGCAAAUAAAACAAAUGUAAUAUACGCAACAGCUGAAAUAUUUGAUUAAAGUGAUGUGAAUAAAUCUUGGUUAAUAUAAGUGAUGCACAGUAACGGGCAGUCACUACCACCAUGGGACUUUUAUUAUUUGUUUUGUUCUGUGUUAUUACAGCAUUCAACCCACAUAAUGCAUAGUGCAUUUAAUGAACCGACCUCAAAAAGUACUAAUCGCUCAGCACUAUUGUGGGACUUACAUACAGAGAGGGCAUGUAUUGUUUGGCUGUCUCGCUAGCAGUCGCAGCAGCCAUAAUCAUUUCAAACGCUAGCUAAAUAAAACACGAGCGAAUUUAACAUCCCUUUUCUGUUGACAAUUUAAAAAACGAAAUGCAGAUAAUGCUUGUCUGACUCUGAGCCCAGCCUUGGUGUGAGUUGAGUUGAGCGCAUGCCGGAAGCACCGAGAGAUCUUAUUGGUCCACACAGAGCAAUGCAAUGUUCCUAUGAGUUUCUCUCAUUGUCUGCUUCGACUCCUAACAAUGAUACUAAGCACAUCUUUCUAGAAGAGUAUAUGCAUUUGAUUGCAACUUGUUUUGUUUUGUAAACUGUUCAUAUUAGAUGUUAAGGACUAUGAGAAUAAUGAAAAAGAAUAAGAAGUGUACAUUCUGUAUAUAAAUCAAAAAGCAUAAUAAAUGUAACAGGUGGAGUUCUAUUUUUAACACUGACUAGACAAUGUGAAAAUAUCAUUUGUAUUUUCUUUUCUCCUCUGUUGGAUGGAUUUACAAAUGAAAUGUAUAAAAAGUUAAAUUCCUUCUUUACAAAAAAAAUCCCCCAAAAUCGGUCCCUUUUGUGUUGUGCUCACUGUUGUUGCAUGGAGAGUAGCAUUUGUUUUCGUGAAGUUGGUGAGCAUGUCGGUGUGAACAUGGUGCCCUAACCUAACAGUUAUGAUGACCUGCAACAAGCACUGAACCGUCUCGACCAUAUCCUUAUCCCAAAAGUCACCCUAUUCCCUAUGUAGUGCAUUACCUUAGAAUUCUGGUCAAAAGUAGUGCACUAUAUAGAGAGAAGGAUGCAAUUGUGGACACACCCCAAUGCCGAAAAACUGAUAAUGUGUCAUAUCUGUUGUCGUUGGUCAAACCCACCUCAAUUGCAUAGACAUGGCAAUGCCAGUGAUAUACAAUACAAGACACCAACUCAUCCAUAUGAAAUAACAUCAGAAUCCUUUUGAAUGUACUCCAUAUACCACAAAGAAAACCAUCCAGUAAUACAUCAAUACACCACGAUAGUGAUGCUCUUGACCAAGAACAUGCAUCUAUGGUUCAGACUUGGCAGCAUCCGACUGAAGACUUCAUGACCAUCUGCUCCUUACUGUAUCUGAACAAGCACGUUUAUCCACUAUUCGCUAGUCACCCAUCACUUCUGCAAUACGGCACCACAUAAUGUAAGGGUAAAUUGAUUGAUGUGUGUGUGUGUGUGUGUGUGAGUGUGCUUUUUCUUAUCAUUAAUCAAAACUCUUAAGAAAUCAUCAUUUUAGGUAUUUUUUAUUGAAUGCAGUAAUUUAUGGGCCAGUACUAUAUUACUCAGUGCAAUGCAGUUAUCGUUAUAAUAAUACAAGUCAUUAAUAUUAUUUCUUUUUGUAUUUGUACAGAACAAAUGUGUAAAGAUCAGUGAGGAAAACGUGAGCUUUUUGAUACUGUGAGAUGUUGUUUCAUUAAGUCAGUUUCCCCCUGUACAGUUGUGAUUUACCCCACUCCUUUUAUAGAAUAAAAUGUUUUUGGUUCAGA